AGCACAUAACUCUCCCUCUCUUUCCCCUCCCAACCCGCUUGCUUUGCAUUAAGUCCCAAUCCGAUUUCCCCAACUCUCUGGUGUCUGAUUUAAUUUGCCUGAUGCUGCUCCUGGAAUUGGCCCUCCCCCAAACCCCCACCCUUCCCUCCACAGUAUCCCAGCUCCCCACCGGGAGAUCUGUCCUGGGAGAGGAUGAGACAUUGAGAGCCAGCGAGAGAUACCAAGCGUGUGGACUGUCGCUGGUGCUGCAACACAAACAGUUGAAGUAAACUAGCAGUGGAAGCAGGUAUCUCGUGGCCUGAAGGAGCCAAACCCCCCCACCCAGGGAGCCAGGGGGUCCUGAGCAGGAGGGGUCAGCCCAUAGAGAACGGACCCAGGUGACCCCGAGUGGGAGGCCCCAAGCUAGCCUGUUAAGAUGGGUGAAAUAGAGCAGAUGAAGCAAGAAGCUGAGCAGCUGAAGAAGCAGAUUGAGGAUGCCCGAAAAGCUUGUGCGGACACUACGCUUACACAGCUUGUGUCCGGGCUGGAAGUGGUUGGGCGCAUUCAGAUGCGUACACGGAGGACUCUGCGUGGACACCUGGCUAAGAUCUAUGCUUGUCACUGGUCCACAGAUUCCAAGCUCAUGGUCAGUGCCUCACAAGAUGGGAAACUCAUUGUCUGGGACACAUACACAACCAACAAGGUUCAUGCCAUCCCUCUACGCUCCUCCUGGGUCAUGACCUGUGCCUACGCCCCAUCAGGGAAUUUUGUGGCCUGCGGAGGUCUCGACAACAUGUGCUCCAUCUACAACCUCAAGAGCCGCGAAGGGAAUGUGAAAGUGAGCCGGGAGCUCUCAGCCCAUACAGGUUAUCUCUCCUGCUGUCGAUUCCUAGAUGACAAUAACAUUGUGACUAGCUCUGGGGACACCACAUGUAUGCUCUGGGACAUUGAAACCGGACAACCGAAGACAACGUUUGUCGGCCACACUGGAGACUGCAUGAGCCUGGCCGUCUCCCCAGACUUCAAUCUUUUCAUCUCGGGAGCCUGCGAUGCCUCGGCCAAGCUGUGGGAUGUCCGGGAGGGCAGCUGCCGCCAGACUUUCACAGGGCACGAGUCGGAUAUCAACGCCAUCUCUUUCUUCCCCAGUGGCCAGGCCAUUUGCACUGGUUCCGAUGACGCCACCUGUCGCCUCUUUGACCUCCGGGCAGACCAGGAGCUCAUUGUCUACUCACACGAGACCAUCAUCUGCGGAAUUACCUCAAUUGCGUUCUCCCGCAGUGGACGGCUCCUGCUGGCUGGAUACGAUGAUUUUAACUGCAAUAUCUGGGACUCCCUAAAAGCAGAACGUGUGGGAAUCCUGUCUGGACAUGACAACCGAGUGAGCUGUUUGGGCGUAACCGCAGAUGGCAUGGCUGUGUCUACCGGCUCCUGGGACAGCUUCCUGAAAAUCUGGAACUGACGAGGAAAUGGGAGAAGGGAGACCUCCCCAGACAUCAUUUAUUGCGUACUACUGGUUGCUUGUUCUGUGCAGACUUACUGAUCCAUAAG